UGCAUGCAUUAUAUCCAUGCAACAUACACACACAAGUUUGAUCGAGUUUGUGUAGUUGUUGUCUGAGUUAGUUGUGUUGAUGGCUGCUUCUUCAAACUCCAGUGGUGGAGGAGAGUCAUCAUGGACCCCAAAGCAGAACAAGCUGUUCGAGAAGGCGCUUGCCAAGUACGACAAGGACACACCAGAUAGGUGGCAUAAUGUGGCAAGGGAAGUUGGUGGGAAUAAAACAGCUGAGGAGGUUAAGAGGCACUAUGAGAUCCUCUUGGAGGAUAUCAAACACAUUGAGUCUGGCCAUGUUCCCACACCCAACUACAAGAAGAACUCCACUGCUAAAACUUAACUGCUACUUUCUAUCUUAUGCAUGCAUACCGUACUCAUCUUUCCUCACUUAUUAAUUACCCAAAAUAGCACCCUCUAUGUAAGCAAUCUAUCAUCCCUAUCCCUCUUUUUCUAUGCUUCCACCUUUGUUGUUUAAUUAACAUUAUAAAUGAAGACAGGUUUGUAAUAGCAAUCUUGCCUUUAAACAGUCUUUAUAAAAUAAGAAGUAUUGCAUUCUA